AUGGCUUCUGCAGAGCCUUUGCUCCCGGAUGGUCAGGAGGACGGCGUGAAGGGCUGGUGCCGGAGGACAUGCAAGUCUCUGGCAAAGGGCCUGGCACUAGUUUUGGCCGUCGUUUUCGUCCUAGUUUGGAUAGUGCAAGCAAUUGUGUGGGAGUAUGCGACCAUUGGCUGUUCUCCUGAUCGGCUUAAAGACUAUGACUAUCCGGGAGGAGGUGAAGAUGACGCCGGUGGUAAGGCAUUCAACCUGGUGCCCAUGAUCUCUCUUCUGGCCGAGCGUAAGCCAAUGUGGUAUGGCGAUGCCUUUGAUGUGAUCCCUUCGAACGAGGCCUCCACUGUCGCAGGCGCACCUGUCGGCACCUGGUGGCGGACCACUGGGCCCUUGUUUAACACAUACAUGUACGAGGACGUUGCGAACUCACAGCCCACCGUCAUGAUGAGACGCAAGCUGAUCCGACUGGGGCAGUGCCAUGUUAUCGAGAGAUGUGACGGCAGCGGAGAUGUUUACACCAUCUCGGAGGGCUCGAACUACUUUGCGAACCGCUUCAGAAAGUGGUUGGGUAUGACUCAGGCGAUGAGUUACAAGAUCUACAAGGGUGACACCCUCAUUGCAGUCGCCGAAGAAACGCAGAAUGGCUUCGAAUCUAUCGGCUUCAGGAAUAUCACCUCGCGCAGGGAGCUUGCCUCCUCCGUGCUGGAAGAGCGUCACUUCCACGGCCAGUACGACCUCUGGCUGGUGGACGCCAAGAAAAAGGAUGCGGACCUCCCUGCCUACGUGAGCAGCGCUGCUACGCUUCUGUAUGCCUUCUUCGUCAUGCAUCAGAGAGGACACAAAAUCAAAGUGGACCCGAACGGACCAGAAGGUCAUGGCAGUCAUGACGGUCCUUCCUUUCUGGCGGCGACAGUGGAGAACGUGACUGUCGGAAACGUACCGUCUGAAGUCGUGGGUUCAGGUCUGAGAGCAGAGAACAGAGUUCCGGACCAAUUGAUUUAA